GAUUAGCAUUCGUUUCUGUCAGUUCGCAGUUGAUUUUCGUGGAACGAAGUGAAUUUCGCGGGCUCUUAUCAAUUUUCCAGUGGCGAUGUUUUCGUAAGUUUUCCCAAAACUUUUUAUUCCUAUUAACAUCUAAAACUAAAUCCGAAUAUGAUGUUUUCAUGUUAGUGUCCCAUAAAUAUCUAUGUAGUUUUGUGUUUUUAAUGUGUUAGAAGUGUAUGAAAGCUGAAAGUGAGAUAUAAAUAAUAUAUAUGAUAUAUCUUGUAGAAAGUGGAUUUUGCUGAACUUGAAUUUCGCUAUAUCGGUAAACUGAAGUUUGGAUAACAUAUGACUACGUUUCUAUUCCUAAAAAACGUUCUUCAAUUCUCAAUAUAUUAUAUGAGAUUCUUCUUGUGGUACAGUUCACUAGAAUAUUUGUAAUUAUGGUAAACAACUGCAUCGGUUGGUGGAUAUUUAUUAUCUCGUCUUUUAUCAUGAAUAUCGAGUCGAAAAAAAAUGAACCGACGACGUAUCACAACCAGUUCGCAGUUCAUAUACCAGAUGGCGUCGAGAUUGCGGACGGUAUUGCUGUUAAACACGGAUUCAUCAAUAGAGGGCAGAUUGGAUCUCUGAAAGGUUUCUACUUGUUCGAACACGAGCACGUCCGCAAGAGGUCCCUGCAGGCGGCCGAUCAUCAUCACCGCAACUUGAACGACGAGCCCCAGGUUAAAUGGUUUGAACAACAGCGGGAAAAAAUACGUAAAAAAAGAGAUUUUGACGAUGGUCCUUCGGUGCCAACUUUCGGUCAAUUUAUAAGUGAAGUAGCGCCGUCAGCUUCGGCGGAUUCAUUUCACGGACAACCUAGAUAUAGAGCCGUUCCGUCUGUUUCUUUUCCAGAUCCUUUGUUCAAAGAACAAUGGUACUUGAAUGGGGGGGCUAAAGAUGGUUUAGACAUGAAUUUGGCACCUGCCUGGCAGAAAGGUUAUACGGGUCGAGGUGUGGUGGUUUCCAUACUCGACGACGGCAUUCAAACCAACCAUCCAGAUCUAGCACAAAACUACGAUCCAUUGGCGAGUACUGAUAUUAAUGGAAACGACGAUGACCCCAUGCCUCAAGAUAACGGCGAUAAUAAACAUGGUACGAGAUGUGCUGGAGAAGUAGCUGCCGUAGCUUAUAAUCAAUUUUGUGGUAUUGGCGUUGCUUAUAACGCCAGUAUAGGUGGUGUACGUAUGUUGGAUGGCGUCGUAAACGACGCGGUCGAAGCUCGUGCUUUGGGAUUAAACCCUGAACACAUCGAUAUUUAUAGCGCCUCUUGGGGUCCUGAAGAUGACGGUAAAACCGUUGACGGUCCAGGUCCUUUAGCGAGAAGGGCGUUUAUAUACGGGGUUACCAGCGGAAGGAAAGGAAAAGGAUCGAUUUUUGUAUGGGCUUCUGGUAAUGGCGGUAGACAUACAGAUUCCUGUAAUUGCGACGGAUAUACGAAUAGCAUUUUUACUUUGAGUAUAUCGAGUGCUACUCAAGGCGGGUAUAAACCGUGGUAUUUGGAAGAAUGUUCGUCGACUUUAGCUACAACGUAUAGUUCGGGUACUCCCGGACACGAUAAGAGCGUCGCCACCGUCGAUAUGGACGCCCGUUUGCGUUCUGAUCAUAUUUGUACGGUGGAACACACCGGUACAUCGGCGUCUGCGCCUUUAGCUGCCGGUAUCUGCGCCUUAGCCCUCGAGGCUAACCCCACGCUAACGUGGAGGGAUAUGCAGUACCUCGUAGUGUUAACUUCGAAAGCGGGUCCAUUGGAAAAGGAAGCCGGUUGGAUAGUGAACGGCGUUAGAAGGAAGGUUUCACAUAAAUUCGGUUACGGUUUAAUGGACGCCGGAGCAUUGGUGACAUUAGCCGAAAAAUGGACGACGGUACCACCGCAACAUAUUUGCAAAAGUCAAGAGAUCGUCGAAGAUCGACCGAUCAAUCCGUCUUACGGUACUACUUUGGAAUUUAACAUGGACGUCGACGCUUGCGGUGGUACUUUGAACGACGUUCGAUUUUUAGAACACGUUCAAUGUAAAAUAUCCCUUCGAUUUUUUCCUAGGGGUAAUCUACGUAUUCUUCUAACCUCCCCGAUGGGUACUACCAGUACUCUACUAUUCGAAAGACCGAGAGACGUGAUUAGUUCAAAUUUCGACGAAUGGCCGUUCCUCAGCGUUCAUUUUUGGGGUGAAAAAGCCGAAGGAAGAUGGAAAUUGCAGAUAGUUAAUUCGGGAAAUCGGCACGUAAAUCAACCGGGCGUUUUAAAAAAAUGGCAGUUAAUCUUCUACGGUACUUCCGUUAAUCCUGUCAGAUUACGUCCGCCGAACGGAGCUCGAUCGACGCCUUGGAAAUCGCCUUUGAAUACGUUCGCUUUUCCUACACAAACUAUACCAGUGACGCCGAUAACGAAUAAUUUUUUCGAGGAUAAUCUGUUCAGGAAUUUUCAGGAUUUUCCUAAUAUUUACGCUUUUUCCGGUUCGGAACGACGAGAAACCGUUAAAUCUAUUAACGAUAAAAAAGUUCGAGAUGAUAAUGAUAUCGAAAAUAACGACCAAGAAACUAAAGAGGGUUGCGACGAACAAUGUGACGAACAAGGGUGUUUCGGUAGGGGUCCUACGAAGUGUAUAGCCUGCAGGAAUAAAAGGAUGGACAAAACGUGUGUUUCGACUUGUCCUCCAAGGAGUUACGCGGAUUCUCAGAACGUCUGUCAACCGUGUCACGAAGCAUGCGAAACAUGUACAGGACCGGAUCAAAAAUGUUGUUUAACUUGUUCGCCUGGUCACGUUAGAGUUCUCGAUUUAGAUAUAUGUUUGCAACAAUGUCCGGAAGGGUAUUACGAAAAUUUCGCUGAUAAAACUUGUAUUCCGUGUCAACCGAACUGCGCCGGUUGUCAAGAUAGACCAGACCAUUGUACCAGCUGUGAUCAUCACUUAUUAUUAUUCCAAAAUAAAUGUUUAGCUUCGUGUCCGCUUAGUACUUACGAAACCGAUGAUUACGGCUGCGCGUCUUGUCACGAAUCGUGCGAAACUUGUAGCGGUUCGAAUAGUUCGCAAUGCGUUUCGUGCCCUUACGGUAGAUAUUGGCACGAAGGUCGUUGCGUUAAAGAAUGUCCGGCUCACCAUUACGCCGACGUUCAACAAAAAGAAUGUAUAGAAUGUCCGCCCGGUUGUAGCGAAUGUAAUAAGACGACUUGUAUAUCGUGUUUGGACGAUUGGAAGGUGAACAGUAAAGGCAGAUGCGUUUCGCAAAAUAGUGAUAAAUGCGACGUAGAUCAAUAUUACGAUAACGGUUUGUGUAAACCUUGUCAUUCGACUUGCGAUUCGUGCGACGGUCCGACGGAAAAGGCGUGCAUAUCGUGCGCAAGUCCGUUGAUACUUCAAGGUACUAAAUGCGUGGGAAAAUGUAAUAAAGGGUUUUAUAACGAAAGGGAUAGUCAAAUAUGCGAACCUUGUUUGCACGUGUGCGAGAGAUGCGUCGCCAAAACUAAUUGUACCGAAUGUAAAAGCGGAUUACAGUUACAAAGCGGCGAAUGCGCCACAACAUGCGCUACGGGUUAUUACAGCGACAAAGGCAUAUGCUUACGUUGUUACAUGAGUUGCAAAACUUGCAGCGGUCCAGGACCAGAUCAAUGCGUCAGCUGUCCGAACGGUUGGCAACUAUUAUCCGGCGAAUGUCGUCCCGAUUGUCCCGAAGGAUACUACAAAACCGAAUACGGUUGUCAGAGAUGUCAUUAUUCGUGUAGGAAUUGUCCAGGUUGCAAAAACGAAGAAACCAAAAGGAAAAUCAACGUCGAAGCGCUCCUGUUAUCCGCCCAACCGGGAACGACUUUACAAAUAGUGAAUCCUUUUAAUUUAGUUACUGGAAUUGCGAUAAUUGCGAGUUUGUGUGUCGUCAUACUUUUUAUAACGAUAUUCGUUAUAUUACAAAAGAAUAGUUUGCAAGCCCACCAGCGUGGUUACAGUAAAGUAUCGAUAAAAAAACCGAAAGUAACUUGUAAUUACAACGUUGUAUCAGUAAGCGACGACGACGAUUCCAGCGAUUCGGACAGUUCCGACGGACGUAAUCUGAUAACGACGCCAAAACCGGAAAAGACAUCUUGUUGAAAUGAAAAUGCACACGGAAAACGAAAGGAUAAAGGUAUAUUCAGUAAAAAAGAAGAAAAUUUUAAACAUACUACAUAGUGUAAAUAUUUGAUACGAACAAAAAAAAUACUGUCUUCAUUGGAUGUUGUACGCCAGCGGGUUAAUUUUUAUUUUUUCGAAAAAUGAAUCGGUUAAGAAAUAAAAAGAUAAUAAAAUCUCGAAAAUUCUCAUUCCGUAUACUACUUAUUAAGUUUUAUUAAUUCUAUUUAAGAUUGUAUAUUUACUUUAUUAUUGUAUACGUAUAUUUUUAUAAAAAAAAAUAAACAACCCCCUCCAUUAAAAAAUUCGAGUGUAAAUCGAUUUUUUUUAGUAAUUAAAUCGAAACUAAAAUAUACUUACCGUUAAAAUCUCUCUAUUUACAUUCAUUAUUCUAUUUACUCGCGAUAUUGACGUUAAAUUUCCCUUAAAAUGCGAAAAAAAACUACGUUUGACAACACCGCAACGUCCGCAUCUUCUAUAUGACGAUAUACAUAUUUCCCCGAAUCUGGGGAAAUAUUACGCGUGGCAACAACGUAAUCUAUGUAUUUUUCUUUGAAAUGAUAUUCGGAUUGAGAAAAUUACUUUUGGAAACACCGUAACAUUCGCUUACGUUUCUACGAAACAAAAGAAAGAUUAUGCGCGGCAAUAAUGUAAUUUCUGUAAUUUUCUUUCAAAUCGUAUUUGAAUUUAGAUGAAGUUACUUUUAGUUUUGGCAACGUCGUAACGUACUUGGCGUUUUCUAUAUUUCCCCAGAUCUAGGGAAAAACUCGGUAUUACAAUAAUGCAAUUUUCAUAAAUUCAAUAAACUGUUUAAAAACUACUGAAAAAUCGAUUCAACUUUUGACAUUACACAAAUCGAUUAAUAAACACUUUGUUUCAAACUGUUUAUUAAUUAACUGUUUGUUUCAAAGUGCAAAUUGAUUCAACUUUUGAUGUUGCAGGAAUCAAUUAUUUCGUUUAAAAAUCAAUAAACUGUUUGGAAAAUACUAAAAAAUCGAUUCAAGUUUUGACAUUACAUAAAUCAAUUAAUAAACAGUUUGAAACAAAGUGCAAAUUGAUUCAACUUUUGAUGUUGCAGGAAUCGAUUGUUUCAUAAAAAAAAUAAACUGUUACUAAAUAAUGAAAAACUUUUGACAUUGAAAAAAUAGAUUAUGGCGAUCGAAAGUUGAUUAACAGUUUGAAACAAAGUGCAAAUCGAUGCAACUUUUAACAUUUUAGAAGUCGAUUUUUUCGAUCGAAAAUUAUUAUCAAUCAAGAAAAAAUUGCAGGAAUCGAUUAUUUCGUUUAAAAUUCAAUAAACUGUUUGGAAACUACUAAAAAAAUCGAUUCAAGUUUUGACAUUACACAAAUCGAUUAUUCCACUUGAAACUUUAUGAGCUACAAAUCGAUUCAGCUUUUAAUGUUGCAGUAAUUGAUUUUUUAUUCGAAAAUCAACGAGUACAGUCUUUAACAUGGUAUCAACUUUUUGUAAAAAACAACGGUUUUUAUGAUUUUUUUUUAAAUUUUUAACUCUGGUUUAAUUAUUACAUCACCAACAUAUAACAAUGAAGACAGCUCAAUGUAAAAAAAGAAGAAAAAAACGUUAAAUUAUAAGAAGCGAAACUUAAGUGCUCUUGAUAUUUCAUGUCGUAAUAAAUAUAGUUAUUUUUAAAUGUACACUUUGUAUAUAAUCAAAUUAGGUAAAUUGUUUCUCAAAGUUAUUUAUGAAAUUUUACCAUUUGUACGUCCCAAAUUCGUAAGUUGUUGCGUCAUUUCGGUGAUAUAGGUGGUCCAAACAUAAUAUAUUAAUUAAAUUCUCCCCCAUUCGAGUUUUAUUAUUUCGCGAAUCUCGUUUUAAAAAAAGAGCGAGUCAACGUUUUUACGAUUUUUAUCUGAGGAAAAUUUCUUACGCACCUCGUAGAAACGCUAUAAAAUUAAUGACAUUUCUAACUGUCAUACUUUCUGUCAAAUGUCUACUAUACUAGUCCCUCAGACGAAGUUUGUUUCUAAACUAUUUAAAUCGGUUAAACUAGAUCAAUUUCGGGAAUAGUAUAAUCGACACUUAACCUAUAACUGUCAUUUGUAUAAAAGAAAAACUAGACCUAUACCAACGUCAUUAAAAUUCGUUAUUUUAUUUGUUGUUUAUUAAUGAAUAAAUGUUUUUAAUGCGAGGGAUAGUUGAUAAUUAUUAAUAUGAAUUGUUUUUUUUUUUUCGACUCGCUCAAAAAAAUAUUUUGAUUUGUAAAUAGACCACCCCAAUUUUUUUAAUGUGUUUCCAUAGGAAACGAAAACUUUAAAUUUCCAAAAUAACGUAAAAAAUAUCCAAUUUUGAUCUAAAUAAAUUGCUUUAUAUUUUAUACAAAUUAAUUUCAUUUUAUUAUCAAAAUAAAUUGAUUGUAACUGUGUU